GCCACGGCGUUGAUCUUGGCGGCUCAAGCGGGUCACGAAGCUGUGGCUCGCCUUCUCUUGCAGCGUGGGGCCAACAUCAACGCUCAAGCGACUGGAGGUGAGACGGCGCUGCACAAAGCAGCACAGAACGGGUAUCUGGACAUCGUCUCUCUUCUGCUGGCGUACGGUGCGCCAGUUGAUACGGGGGAUGAAGAGCAGUGGACACCACUUCGGUAUGCUGCAAGAGAAGGCCACUCCGACGUCGCGCGGCUGCUG